CUUGGAGAUCCUGAAGGAAAGAUUGUGACAGGGACUAUAUAUAAUGUUGUGGAUGAUGAUUUAUACGUAGAUUUUGGAUGGAAAUUUCAUUGUGUUGUUACUAGACCUUCAAAAAAUGGGACAUAUGUGAGAGGUGCUCGUGUCCGUUUGAGUCUGAGAGACCUGGAGUUGUCAUCUAGAUUCCUCGGCUCGGAAAAAGAUCUCACAUUGCUAGAGGCGGAUGCAACACUGCUGGGGCUCAUUUCAUCCCCUGCCAGAAGUGGAGUGACGUCAGCCAGUUGAAUUUUGUUAUACCUUUUUAAUUAGUUAUUAAAGUUUUUUCUUUAUUGUUA